AUGAACGAGGACGACCAGCUCGUUAGCGUCCUCCCCAUCCACUACUCCAACGCUCUCGCACCAUAUGUACACAUCCACCAGUAUCCGCUGCUCACGCGUCCGUUGCAGGUGCCCCCUACGGCCGCAGCCAGCGGGAAGCGCAUCAAGGCACGACUGAAGCCUGACGUGCGAAGGCUAGAGCUGCAUGUACCUGUGGAUACACGUCCAGAGGUCUGGAAUGCGGAGCGGUCUACAGAUCUAGGGAAGGCGAGGGUGGAGGAUGACAAGGAGAAGAACCAGGCCCUUCCGCAAGUGAAGCAAAGGGAAGGGGAGGAGCCUAGGCUCGCCGAGGUGCGCAUGCGGAGUGAACAGGUUCCUCAUACGGGCGUGUACGUGCUAGGUAUAGUGCGAGAUGGACAACUCCAUUUACACCCAAUCAGCGAGACACACCAACUUCGCCCGACAUUGACUUAUAUGGACGUAUUGAGCCGGAAGAAUAGGCGCGGCCGAGGAGGUGCCGGUUCAGAUGAUGAUUCUGACGAGGGACCCCCGCCAGAUCCUGACGAGCCAGCCCCCGCGCCUGCUCCCAAGAAAGAGAAGAAAGCUGCCGGUGAAGCGAAGGAAGUCCAGGUCGCCGUCAGAAAAGCGGAUGACAGGGGGCCCCAGGCGCAGGGAGGCAUGACACAGGUGCGAAGAGACAUGCUCAAAAUCAUCCACGAUGAGGAGGAUCAAGAAUGGCAAGACUUGGAAUAUUGCGACGGCGAGGCUGAAGCGUCGAAUAUCGCGUUCGAAUCUGUCUUCUCGCGUAGUGACGAGCAACUGGAGUACAUGGAUAGCGACACGGAGCCCGAAUCUCAAGUAUCCGUUACAGUAGAGGGCUGGGACGCCGCGGAUUUCGCGCAUAUAGCCACUACCCAAGCGCUUUGCUCUAGUCAAACCAGCUCCCAGGACAUGACUCCUUCCGGCUCGGACGUCGAACAAGCAAUACGGGAUCUUCGGUCGCUGGAUCUCGAGGAAGUACAAAAGGAUGAUUCUUUACACGGUGUCAUCCAAGUCGCUUCGACCACCAUUCUGACCUACUUGGACAAUGUCGUCGUUUCCCUGCCUCAGGACAUAGGGGACAUCGAAUCCGCAAUGAGCACACUCAUGGACCCUGAAAAUGUUGCGUUAUUAUUCGCAUAUAGGCAGGUAUUCUAUGUCAUUGCAGCUCGCGAAGUGCACGUAGGCAUGGCGUCUUCGGCAGUUGUCUGCUGGGUAGACGUCGUCUUCGCUAAGCUAGGAGAGGCUAUAACGACUGUUGCCGCUGGCUCCCCUCCAUCCACGGACCAAUCGGCGGAUCUCCAUGCUAGCAUGCAGAAGCAGUUCGAAUCUCAUUUGUUGCGUGCCGCGACACAGCUACCGAGCACAUGGAGCGCAUUGCCGACCGUUCUGUCAGCGGCUCAUGCAUCACCAGCUGCUUGCCGCCUCGCCAUGCGCUUGCUCUACGGAAUUUAUGUUCUGCGACCCUAUCUCCAGGAAAUCAAUACACUGAAUAGUGCGAGCAGUGCCGAUAGCAAAAAACUCAUCGCUGCCCUGCGCUGUUAUCUCGACCGCACUCCGGGCGCAACACGUACGGCGUCCACGACGGGCAUCAUUGACGCCGACGGGUUUGGAACACAAGACAGGGUCACUUGCGCGAUGUUCCUCUCCUUAUUUGCGGUGACGGAUCCCCCGCAGGACUCGGACAUCACCAACCGAUCCCAAGUCCCCUUCCGACCUAAUACGGACGCUGCAUUACUCCGUCAUGUCAUGGGUAUCAUGUGCCCGACAUCCAUGAUUUCGAUGGACAUGGAGCUAGUGACUCCGUCUCCGUCACUCGACGCUGCUCAAACGGUAUUUCUCAGACAUCCAGCGACGAUUGGAUGGUGUUGGAAAGUCUGGAAUGACCCGCGUAUCGCCCACGCAGAAAUUAUCGAUCACCUGACGGCAAAUUGGCUGUAUCAUGUCGGAAAGGCAUCCGGGCAAGAUCGGACGAGCCAUAACGUAUCUUGGGAUGCAGAUGUGUUUACUGCCUUAGAAGCGAGCCCCACGACGGCCUGUGCUGCCUUGAUAAGAUUCAUAAAUCGUGGAGUAUCUGUAAUGUCCGACAUUGACAAACAACUUCCAUCUGCCGUGCAGGACGUACUUUACAGAGCGGCGUCUACAUGCGCGACAUAUUCGCUGAUUGACGACGAAACGAACGGUCAAGACAGCCUAGUCACAGAACUAUGCACUUCCUUUGGACGCUUGUUUUUUCAUUUGCCUCAAGAUCCAAUCGCCACCGUCACAAAAGAUGUCAUCCUCGAGGGGUUGACAUUGGUGAGAACAGACACCAUACGGACUGUCAUGGAGAAGCUUUUCAGCUAUGGAUCUGAUUUGAAGGCGAGACUCGAACACAGUAUCUCGACACACGCGAGGCACGACAUAAUGUCUGAAGUUUUUGCCGCAAAUCUGACUAUCUCACACAGAUCAUUCCCCGAGCGCGUACGCAGGAAUGACACCGACAUAUCUGAUCUAAGGCAAUCACUACAAUUCCUGACUCUCCUCUGGCGCAGCCGAGCUCAGCUUGAAGUUUCCGGCUCUAUGACCGACCCUCUGUUGCGUGGCCUAUUCGACUCGUUCUCCUCUGGUGACGCUAGUCCUGACACCUUGACGUCGCUUCGAAGUCCUCUCCUUCUGGCACUCUCUGCCUCCAGCAUGUUUGGGCAUCAUGGCGACAUCACUGACAAAUCAUGGACGGAUGAGGCUGCAUGGACACUUGUUCUCAAUGCCGGGGUAUCAGACGACCUGGCUCUGGCAGCUGCGUUCUCCGUCUAUGUCUGUGUGACUCACAACAAAUGCCAGCUGGAUGCACUGUACUUUGCUGACGGCUGGAACUAUCUGCGCGACAUACUCUUACUCGUCCUGACUCAUCAUUACCUCGAUGUGGAAGAACCUCUUGCUCUGCUCGUUGCUCCUUCGAUCUGCAUGGCGCUGACGUGCCUUAUCGCUUCCGGAGACGACAGAGCAGCACCUGUAGUGAAGUGGGACCAGGGCGAGGGAAAGCCUCAGGAUAGAUGGUCUAGGACCUAUGUCACAAGAGAGAAGUCUCCCACCCGCCCCGUCCGCGAGACAGUCGACGAUACCCCUCCUUCCACCUCCACCGGCUCUAGGCGUUUCCCGCGCCCAGCCUCAUCCAUCACACUCGGUUCACGCGUGUCUGCACACAUCGCGAAUGCAACCAUCCCGCGUCCACCCUCUCCGCUCAAGCAUUCGUCCAGCGCUGAUUCCCCAUCGAGUUCCGCAGCAGCAGCGGCAGGUAUCCUGCCGAACCCGAAUGGGUCUGAGCUCGCCAAGGUAUAUGGCUCUGUCCUUCAGCCCAAAGAAACCCUGGACUCGUUCCACUGCGCAUUGUGCUCUACUUCCUUCCCUCCCGAUGCGACCAUCUACCCCGACCCGUCAACUCUUUCAUCCACUGGUGCCGCCCUCACGCCAGGGAACAACACCCGUUUCCUAUGCCGCCCGUGCUUCGUUGACAACGGUGGUUCAAAGGGAGACUGUCCUGCCUGCUACAGACCCGUUCUCAUACUCAAGAGCGAGGGCGGUUUCGUGGAGAAUAGCGGUAGAGUUUGGCACAAGAAAUGCUUCCAGUGCGAGGGCUGCGGCAAGGAUAUCGGCGAUACUCCUAUGGUCGACCUUCUGGGCAAGCCAUGCUGUGCAGACUGCUUCGACACUUGCCUCACGAGGUCCAAUCGGAAUACGCCGCAGAAGCCCGGUCGCAAGGACGAGGGUCCGCUGAGCAAUCUGGGCGGUACGAGGCGCGGAGAACGAGAACGAGAGGGCAGCCCGACAUUGGAAGAGCUCGAGCAGCGUCUCGGUAUUGCCCGCAGUCGAGAAAAUACUCCAAUCAAGGACGACUUUCCUCUUCGUUCCAACGGUGGGUUGAAGAGCCCGACUCUCACCCCUGUGCGCAGUCCGCUAGCGUCCAGGUAUACACCGGGCAACAUUGGGAGUGUAGAUAACAGCCCCAUCACCGAACGACUGGCUGCACGCGUUCGCGCCGACUCCUUCCCCUCCCUGGGGUCAUCGCCUGCUAUGCAACCUGGUACCAGCGCACGGUCUUUCAACAGGUUCAAGAGCCCUGACCCGGAGACGCCCGACAGGGAUGGCAGCCCUCUUUCGACACGCCGGUUUAGCAGGUACAGAAGCCCCGAGCCUGAAGACGGUCCGAGUGACGGCAGUCCGGCUGCACGGCGCACAUACAACAGGUUCAGGAGUCCUGAACCAGAUGUUUUCGGCUCGAGUCCUAUCUCCAGGGCCACGGGUAGCCCGCGUUAUGGCAGUCCCUCAGCUUCGUCCAAGCAACCCACUGAGGAAGCUAUCGAGGAGAUGAAGAAGCGCUUCCUGGGGCAGGCCUCGCCUGCGCCUGCGACCGGUUCACCAUCGGCGAGCAAGGCGUCGGCGGAGACCAUGACUCCUAGAAGGCGGUCGCGCUCUAGGGCACGCAGCAGUAUCGUUGACGAAAGUGGCGUACUCCGACCUUCGCUCACAGGUACAUCAGCAGGUGGAGGGCGGGAGACAGCUUCUCGGCUUCCGCGCAAGUCAGGGACGCCGUCCUUACGAAACAGCCCGUCUGUAGGAUCUCUUCAGUCGUCGGUGCGCCAGGAUAAGACAGGCGAGACGGACUACACCCUACGCCGCGAUCGGACGGGCGACGACGAAGUAGAGUCGCUGCUCGGGGAGAAGGUACCUACGGGCACCCUCAUCGACUUGAGCCCAGAUCCCCAGGACACCGAAGUUGACUUGCCUUGGUCGAAGUCGACAGGGCCUAUGUCUGACAUACCGACGGUGCUGAGCGCAUCCCGCUCGGCAGGCAGCCUGGGAGGGCGGACAGGGCUUGGCAUACGGACCGCGACGUCACGGACGGAUCUCGACUCAGCGUACGACCAGUCGGUGCCAUCUACGCCCGAUCUGGCGGGCGAGUUCUCGGACACGACGUCGACGACACAGUCAUCCAGUGCGCCUUCUACUCCGCCAUCACUCAGCCCUCCUAGUCGGCGUGUCUCGACUUACGCGCUGAACAUCAACAAGCGCGAGGUGACCCCGAUGAAGUCGCAGAUAACUGGUAGCACCUACGCCGGUAGUACCAGCGGAAGCGGCACCCGACGUCCACGCACGUCCGACGCGCUUUCGUCCAACACGCCUACGCCCAAGUCGAAGACGCUACCGAGCGGUAUGAAUCUGCCAUCGCCUACGCCGCUUUCGUCCGAUGCUCGAUGUGCGAAGUGUAAUCAGCCACUAUUCACGAAGAAGUAUGGUGGGAAGUUCGUAACGGUCCCGGAGGAGCCGUCCAGCACUGGUGUUCCUCCGAAGACCUACCACACAGCCUGCUUCAGGUGUAAGGUCUGCGAUGGGCCGUUUGAAGAGCAUGAAGGAGGGCGUGCAGUCUUCGUGAGAGGCGAAGAGGGUGCUUGUCAUGUUGAGUGUGCACCGCCGGAGAGAGCGAAGGUUCACAAGUUUUCGAGCUCCAUUCCGAAGCCAACGAUCACCGCGUCGACCACGACGCCUCUCUCUACCUCGCGCGCUCACAACACUGCUAGCUACUCGACGCGUGAGCCCACUUCGAGUCGGUAUGAGCGGCCACCACCCAGCGCGCCAGCGACGAGUACUACCUUCACGUUCCCGAAGUUCGGAGGAGGCGCAUCGUGCCCGGGAUGCAACAUCUCCGUAUCGCCGAUGGAGCGAGGUGUGGUGCCCGGACCGCAGGGGACGCGCUGGCACGCAAACUGCCUCCUGUGCGGAGGUAAGGAGGCGAAGGGGCGGAGGAAGGCAGACGGCAAGCCCGGUUGCGGGAAGAAGCUCGACAGCGCUGCGAAGACUGACAUCGACGGCCGGGUGUGGUGCAGGGAGUGCUUGCUCCUCUUGCCCGCUUCGAUGCGCAAUCCGACGUCGCCCGUCCGGAGCCCGGUCGUGCCCUCGCACACGGGCAGCCGCGGUGUCGCGCCCCAGCACACGGGGACGACGACGAUGGCUCGCCAGUUCACCGGCCUGGGCGGUUCCGAUGCGGCGAUGAUGAGGCAGCUCACGGGCGGCGGGCUAAGUCCGACCAGACAGCUCUCGUCCAGCCCUACGAAGCUGCACGACGGGCCGCGAUCGGGCGCUGGGCGGUAUCCCCGCCCAAAGUCGGUCACUGGCAUCCGGAGCACGAAGAGCGAUGGCGAGGGACGGGGGAUGUUCUUGGUGAGGCAGCUUACCGGCGGCAGGUAG